ACCCACAGUGUCAAGGCUUCAAAUAUGAGACACAGAAAAAGCAAUCUUGUUCCUUUCUCUUUGUUUCUCUGUGUAUUAGUCACAGACACAGCCUUGUCACAAAACAGUACGGUCCCCGUUAAUGUGGGUGUGAUUCUCAACCUAGAUAGAGAAUUUGGGAAGAUGAGUUUGAGCUGCAUCAACAUGGCGCUUUCAGACUUUUAUGCCACCAACUCUCACUGCAAAACCAGGCUCAUCUUAAACACCAGACACUCCAAGGGGGACGUUAUUGGUGCAGCUGCUGCUGCUCUAGACUUGAUAAAGAAUGCGGAAGUGCAAGCCAUAAUAGGACCAGAGAAUUCCAUGGAAACCAACUUCGUUAUUGAACUUGGAAAUAAAUCUCAAGUGCCCAUUAUCCAUUUUUCUGCAACAAGCCCUUCUCUUACUUCCCUCAGAAGUCCAUAUUUCUUCCAGGCUAGGCCGAAUGACUCUUCUCAAGUUGGUGCCAUAACCUCCAUUAUACAAGUCUUUGGUUGGAGAGAAGCUGUGCCUAUUUACGUGGACAAUGAGUUUGGUGAAGGCAUUAUACCUGAUUUAACUGAUGCAUUGGAAGCCAUUAACACACGCGUCCCUUACAGAAGUGUUAUUUCUCCGGUGGAUUCCGACGACCAGAUUGUUGAAGAGCUUUACAAGUUAAUGACCAUGCAAACUAGAGUCUUCAUUGUGCACAUGCUCCCUUCUCUUGGCUCUAGGCUUUUUACUAAAGCAAAAGAGAUUGGAAUGAUGAAUGAAGGCUACGUUUGGAUCAUUACUGAUGGACUGACUGAUCUGUUGAGCUCCUUGCAGCCAUCUGUGAUUGAGUCAAUGCAAGGCGUGUUGGGGGUAAGGCCUUAUGUUCCGAAAACUAUAGCGCUGGAGAGUUUUCAUAUUCGAUGGAGGAGAAAAUUCCAGCAGGAAAAUCCAGGCCUUGUUGAUGCCCAACUGAGCAUUUUUGGACUGUUGGCUUACGAUGCUACAAUGGCACUAGCCAUGGCAAUUGAGAAAGCUGGUACUACAAGCUUUGGCUACGAUAACACACAUGUUUUGGCCAAUGCAACAGACCUUGAAGCAAUUGGCGUCUGCAAGAAUGGUCCAAAGCUCCUUCAAUCAUUAUCAGCAACAAGAUACAGAGGUCUUACUGGAGAUUACAUGUUUGUUGAUGGACAGUUGCAGACGUUAGCUUUUCAGAUAGUCAAUGUGAAUGGCGAUGGAGCAAGAGGGGUUGGAUUUUGGACUCCAGAGGGUGGACUAAUGAAGAAGUUGAAUUCAACAAGUACAAAUUCUACUUCAAAAUCUCAGCUGGGAGCUAUUAUUUGGCCAGGAGAAUCUACAUCUCUUCCAAAGGGCUGGGAAAUUCCAACUAAUGGGAAGACAUUGCGCAUAGGAGUGCCGGUGAAGAAUGGUUACAGUGACUUUGUAAAAGUCACAACAGAUCCAAGUACUAAAACAGCAACAGUCACUGGUUACUGCAUUGAUGUUUUCAAUGCUGUAAUGCAAGCAUUGCCAUAUGCUAUCAGUUAUGAGUUCUUUCCCUUUGCACUGCCUAAUGGCUCUAGCGCCGGCUCCUAUGAUGAUAUGAUCUAUCAAGUCAAGCUUGGGAAAUUUGAUGCUGUUGUGGGAGAUACCACAAUUGUGGCCAACAGAUCACAAUAUGUGGACUUCACAUUACCGUAUACCGAAUCUGGAGUAUCAAUGAUUGUGCCAGUCAAAGAUGACAACAAGAAAAGUCCAUGGGUGUUCCUGAAGCCCCUGUCAUGGGACCUUUGGAUUACAACUGCUUGUUUUUUCCUUUUCAUUGGAUUCGUCAUCUGGGUCCUUGAGCACAGAAUCAAUGAAGAUUUUCGCGGCCCACUUGAGCAUCAAGUUGGAACAAGUUUCUGGUUCUCCUUCUCCGCCAUGGUGUUUGCACAACGCGAGCGAGUGUUGAGCAAUAUGGCUCGGUUUGUGGUGAUUGUGUGGUGCUUUGUGGUUCUCAUACUCACACAAAGCUACACAGCUAGCUUGGCAUCUCUCCUUACUGUACAAAGGCUCCAGCCGACUGUUAGUGAUGUAGCGGAGUUGAUAAAGAGAGAGGAAAAUGUUGGGUACCUACAGGGUUCUUUCGUUCUGGGGAUCUUGAAACAGUUAGGUUUUAAGGACAAAAAUCUACUGGUUUAUGAUUCAGUAGAAGAAUGUGACGCCCUUUUUCAAAGCGGAACUGCAAACGGCGGCAUAGCUGCUGCUUUUGAUGAAGUCCCAUACAUUAAAUUGUUUCUGGGAAAAUAUUGCUCCAAAUACUCUAUGGUUGACCCAACAUUUAAGACUGCUGGUUUUGGCUUUGCCUUCCCACUUGGCUCACCUCUUGUCCCAGACGUUUCCAGGGCGAUCUUAAAUGUGAACGAGGGACAAAAAAUGAACGAGAUUGAACAUGCAUGGUUCAAGAAGAACAACUGCCCGGACCCCAGCAGCUUAGUUUCUUCACGUCUUGGCCUUAACAGUUUCUGGGGGCUGUUUCUCAUUGCUGGCAUAGCUUCAAUCUUGACUCUCAUAAUUUCCAUGGCCAUUUUCCUUCACGAGCACAGGGAAGUCCUGAAAGAAUCGAAUCCCAGAUCGUCAUUAUGGACAAGGAUUCGUACUUUGUUAGGAAUUUUUGUUUCAAGGGACCUCACUUCCCAUACUUUCAAAGAAAAAACUGGCAUCCAAGCCCACCAUAGUUUGGGGGCAGCUACUAGUACUACACCUUCUUCAUGCAAUCGCUACCCAGCAAGUCCCUCAAGCUUUUCACAGCACACAGAUCAGAAUUUUGCUUUCGAUGAAGAACAAGGGACACCUUCAACUGAGCAUGGAAAUGCAAAUCCUAAUCCAAGUGAUCAAGCAGCUCAAGAUAUUGUGCCUGCAGAAAAGCCCCCCAGCCCAGAUCAAGAAAGAGCUUGAACCCCCUUUAUAAAAGUAAAUCGUGUAGAUAUUAUCCAUGGCUCAUAUGACACUAGAAUAGUUACUGUUGGAAAGUUAGAAUCAAUCCCUUGUAGUUAUAUUUAGUUUCCUAUUUUCUUCCUGACUUGUAGUUUCUGUGUUUAGGGGCAGUUUCCUUUUUCUAUCAUGUUUCCUAAAACUACCGAAGGUUCUACUUUAUAUAAUGUAAUAUUUCAUUCAUAAAAAAUAAAUAAAACGUAUUCAUUUA